AUGUUGACGUUCAGCAAGGUGGUGGCAGCGCUAGCAGCAUGCGCGGCGCUCGUCUCUCUGCCCGUGGUGCAAGUGCAGGGUCGGCAGAUGCGACGGAAGGACAUCCACGCGCGCCAGCUCGAAGCGGCCAAGCGGUUCCAGGCGCCCGCUCCCGCGCGCCGCCAGGCAGUCCAAAACAUCACCUUCUCCAACCCUGCCGCCUUCAAAUUCUUCGUCAACGGCUCGACUAUACCUGAGGUCGACUUUGACGUGGGCCCCAGCUACGCCGGCCUGCUGCCCAUCAGUGGAAACAAGUCUGAGACCAGACAGCUCUUUUUCUGGUUCUUCCCCCCCGGCCCGCAAGGUUCCCCCGACGACCUGAUAUUCUGGACUAAUGGAGGACCUGGAUGCUCGUCGAUGGAGGGUUUGCUACAAGAAAAUGGGCCUUUCUCUUGGAGCACGGGGACAGCCAAACCGAUCCAGAACCAAUUCAGUUGGACGAACCUCUCCAGUGUGCUGUGGGUGGAGCAGCCUGUCGGCACGGGGUUCUCCCAGGGAAAACCGGACGCUAGGAAUGAAGAUGAUGUUGCAUCCCAGCUUGUCGGAUUUAUGCAACAGUUUUUGCUCGUUUUCCCGGAGAUGAAGGGGAAGAAUUUAUACCUGACUGGCGAGAGUUAUGCAGGAACUUAUGUUCCAUAUAUCGCAAACUUCAUUUAUGAGAACCCAACAAUGCUUGACCUUAACUUGCAAGGAAUAUGGAUUUCGGAUCCUUCGCUUUCCUUCGACAUUGUGCAAGAGCAAAUCCCAGCAGUCAACUUUGUCAAGAAAUACGAAAACGUCUUCUCAUUCAACCAAUCUUUCAUGGCCGAGCUCGACCAGAUAAACGACAAGUGCAACUACACAGGCUACAUGGAGAAGUUCGUGACAUAUCCGCCAAAAGGUCUGCUCCCGCUCCCGAACGGUUCAACGCGCACUUCGCGAGCAUGUGAUGUGUGGGACACAAUUUUCGAGGCUGCGCUCGUUGUCAACCCCGCGUUCAACAUCUACCGCAUCUUCGAUACCUUCCCCAUCCUGUGGGACGUCCUCGGGUUCCCAGGUUCAUUCGAGCAAGAACAGACACCGCUUUACUUCAACAGAACAGACGUGAAGAAAGCUAUCCACGCCCCGCUGGACGUCGACUGGAAAGAGUGCUCUGACAUCGACGUGUUCCCCAAGGGCGAUGGCAGUCUCCCGCCGGCGUUCACCGUCCUACCUAACGUCAUCGAGAAGAGCAAGCGGACCGUCAUCGUGCACGGCCUCGCUGAUUUCAUUCUCAUCGCCGAAGGAACGAGAAUUGUUCUCCAAAAUAUGACAUGGAAUGGACUGCAAGGUUUCCAGACUCCCAUCGCUAACGACAGCUUCAUCGUCGACGGCGUCGGCGCGCUUGGUAACACCCACACCGAACGUGGAUUGACCUAUUUCGAGGUCGACCUCAGCGGACACAUGGUGCCGCAAUAUUCGCCUAAAGCUGCCUUCCAAAUCAUGCAGUACCUCAUGGGUUUCAGAGACACGCCUUGA